UAUCUUCGUUCUCGCUGCCUGUUGUGCUUUGGAGGGUCAAAUUUCGAGGCCACAAGGCCGCAACGUUGUAAGGACGAUGUCAAUGUGAUUGUCUGCCUUGAUGCAUGCUUUACCCAGAAGCGGCGAGCGUCCGGGCGACGAGAUCCUGCAAAGACCCACCCCGCCUCUGUCUUUCUACCCGAGGAUGAGGUUAAGGCCAUGGAGCUCGAGGUGGAACAAAAGCGUGGAAACAGGGCAUCUCGCAGCAAAUCAAAAAGGAAGGGUGCUCCGGCGCGCGACCGGCAGGGGGGAGAGGAGGAAGAAGACCGAUGCGAAGGCCCUUUGACGGUUCCGAACUCUGUGUUAGACGGCUGCGAAGAGUCUUUCAAGGCCACCGACGAGCAACGGGAGAAGGCGAGCACCAAGUUCUUCGACGACACCGGAGUGAUGGCCAUCCUAUGCUGA